GAUUUUAAAAGUUCAAAUGGUCUUUUUGAAAUGAUAAACCAAAAAUAUACGAGUAGCUUUCAUUCGGUCAGAUACUUAUUUGAUGCUAAUUUACAUAUAUCUGACAAAGCUAUUAAAGCAUUUUAUAAUUUUAUUGGUGAAUUAAACAAUUUAGUUUUAAAAACUGAGCCCACAGCCACUCAUUUGUUUAUAAAAAAAUUGGCAGAUAUGAAAAAAUUAAAAAGAGUAUAUACACAAAAUAUAGAUAAUCUUGAAGAAAAAGCAGAAUUAGAAGUUUGGAAUUUUGAAAAAUUAAAACGUUGCAAAUCACAAGUAGUUCAAUUGCAUGGAACAUUGGCAAAUUUACAAUAUAAACUUUGUACAAAUGUCUAUUCUUUUACACAAGAAUCUUGUGAUAUUUUCACAAAAGAAUACGAUAGAUAUUUACAAGGAAAACAAAAACAAACUGUUGGAAAACUAAAACUGGCAGUGAUCCUUUAUGGUGACAAACAUCCUAACGAAUUAGAAAUUGGAGAAAUCGCAGAAUAUGAUCAAAAAAAAGCUGAUUGCUUGUUAAUAAUGGGAACUUCUUUAAGAAUUCCUG